UGCCGUCCCGAGUACACUUUAUCUUCAUGUGUGGACAAUUGAGUAAAUUUGAUCACUUUUAGUUAGUAAGUUCUUCUAAAGGCCUCAGAGUAAAGGUGCUUUUAGUUCAUUUUGAUUUUCAUUUUACGUUUAAUGCACUUAACUUCAGAUGUGAAUGACAGGUUUUCAUAAAGAAAUGUGUGUUAAAACCAUAUAAAUUAUUCAAAAUGACAAAAGAUCUUUUGGCUGCAUCACGACAAUUGACACUAAAAAGAAUUAGACACUCAUACUCAAUACAUUUUAUGAAAGAAAGAACUGAUCCAGAUUAAGUUUGAGAUAAUGAAAGUAAAAGAGACAAAUUCAGCUUUAAGUUUCUGUAUGUUAUCAAUCUUUAUGAAGUGUACUUUAAUACUGUAAGUAUAAAUUCUAUAAACCAAUAAUAAAGCAAUACAUUUUCACUUGUUAUUGAUUUAGGGAUUUAGUUUGUGGGACAUUGGUUAUUAAUAUUUCAUUUUGGAACAAUUUGGAAAACGAUUUUUCAACAGAGGAAGUGAGAAUCCAAGAGAGACUUGAAGCUUUUAAAGAACCUCACAUCAUCUCUACUCUCCUAGAUUUCCUGAAGUGCACGAUGAGAGCUCAUACGGCUUUUUUGUUUUCGUGAGAAGCUUGUCUUUAAAUUUUUUAAUUUGAAAAAAAAAAAAAAAAAUGUUACAAAAUAGAGAAAUGUAUAACAUUGCUCUCAGUCCCUCGUCCCCAGUGUGUUUGGUGCUUCCUGACUUUCACUGUACACAAAGCACAUUUCCUGCUCGAGCACGUGCCUGCGCCACCGGGCCGACCCCCUCGGCUCUGCUCAACCCUGCCCACCCGUGUCACGUCAAAAACAUGCAUAACAGAAAACACACAAUGUCCAUACACAGGGUUGUGCGGUGUCAGUUUGAAAUGCUAUGGUGGUUUUUGGAUGCAUGAAAAAAAACGCGUGAUACCUCAGUCCACCAUGAAUUCUCCCCGCAGGUGGGAGAUGCUCCUUAUCAUCGUGUGGAUUGAAGUGAGUUUUGUGCCUGGAAUACUUUGCAAGGACGAAGCUGUCCGUCACCUGUCAAGGAAAGAUGUUUUGCGCCUGAAGGAAGAGCAGGAUCCUAAAUGUUUCACCCGCACUGGGCGGGAUUUCACCUGCUUCUUUGAGGCUGCAGACAACAGGACGUAUGAUCUGCUCUACAAGGUCAGCAGCAUGCCGAGAGAGAAUCGGUGCGAUGUGUCCGUCCUGCGGCCAGAAGAGGACAUUUUCCUCCACGUCUGCUCAUUUCCAUCCACAGAUGUUUUGUUGUUUGUGGAAAUGCACCUUGAAGUCGUGGAGCACGACACCAACGCCAGCGUCUGCAGGCGGACUGUCUCUGUGGAGGACCACUUUCUCCUGGAUCCCCCUUUCAACGUGACUCUCCACCGAACUGGAGAAGCCGGGCAGCUGCUGGUGUCAUGGCACGCGAGGGUCCCGACAUACUGUGGAGACGCGAUGUACAGUGUUCGAUACUCGUCCAGGGGGGUCGGAGAGACGACAGAGGAGGUAGGGAAGGACAAAUAUACCAAACACUUGCUCGACUCUCUGGUACCAGGGGAGGAGACUGAGGUCCAGGUAUCUGUCAAAUGUGCAUCAAGUCCCAGCGCAGGACACUGGAGAAGCUGGUCACAACCCGUGCGAGUCAUGGUUCCCCAGAGUGCAGAUGAUGCUUCACUCAUGUGCUUCACCUGCGACCUGCAAAACGUCACCUGUCAGUGGAACGGGAGCAAAUACGGUGCGGGAGAAGACUACAAGCUUUUCUACAAGUUUGGUCUCAGUGGAGGAUGGACCGAGUGCCUGACUGAUGGGAAGUUCACUGACCUGUGUCGUUUCCAUGGAGACGAGUCCAGGAAAAUCAGGGUCAAACUCUGCAGCACUGCGGCUCCACUCACCCGAACCUUCUAUACUCAAGAGUUCACGCUCAACAAGACCAUCAAAACCUCCCCACCGGGUUAUCUGAGAGGAAUACUGCAGGAGGACAAGUUGUGCUUGAAAUGGGAAGCUCCUCUUCCUGCCCUGUCGGCUCACCUGCAGUAUGAAGUCAGCUACAGGACCACAGCUGGGGAAGUGUGGAUGAUGGUUUCCCUAGAGGGACCAGAGACCCACACGUGUGUGGAGGUGUCAACAGGCAGCCAGUACAAUGUCAAGGUCAGAGCUCGACCUGAUGGGGCCGUGUACUCGGGCCACUGGAGCGACUGGUCAGACGUGCUCACCGGUCACAAUCCCACAGACACAGGCUUGUUGCUCGCUCUGUGUAUCCCCGUCUUGAUGCUGAUAACUGCGAUCUUUCUCAUUUCCACGUACCUCAGCAAGCUGAAGCAGUAUUUUUGGCCACCGGUGCCAAACCUGGAGAAAGUCUUACAAGGUUUUCUGACAGAGAUCGACAGGCAGAGAUGGGAUCCUCCACUUCCACUGAAGCAGUGGUCCGAGGAAGCCACUGAGUCCGUGGUGGAGAUAAUAUCCGAAGAUGGACUUUCAGGUUUGACGGAGCAACCGGAGGAACCCACCCGGCUGCUGCUGCCACCAGAAGGACCCUUCCCCAGUGGAGGACAGGCGGAAGGAGACCCCGGGACUGAUGUCUUUCCCGACUAUGUGACUCUGAGCAAAGGCCGUGUCAUUCUUUGCCCAAAGAGAAACAAUAACACGUACGAGACGGUCGGGGAGAGAGUCGAGGGUCUCCCAACGUGUCGGUGUUCCUGCGCCGACGGCUCAGUCUGCGUCCCACCUUGCUCGGCCAGUGACUUCCAGAACUAUUCCUACGAGCCGCUGGCCGAGGCCGCAGACAGGUUUGACCGCAGGGUCACUCCUGCAAGGGAACCGGGCAACCUCUAUACUAAUUUACCCUGCAGCUAAUUGUACAGUAAAACAAGUGCACCUUGGAACUCAGCGUUCACGGCAUCAGUGCAGCUCCAGCUGUGGGAUACUCAGUAGGCGUCGGCGGAGAGAAAAACUGCUCCAUGAUUCAAAAAUGUAACUGUGCCUGGAGCAAAGGUGUGUUCCCAUGUGUUCACAGUGCAACUGGGGUUAGUUCGGAUCGCGGCAUCCUCUCGCUCAUCAUUUCUGUCACCUCCGAUUCCGUCCAUUGGA